AUGUUCUUUGGAUUCGACAAGUCGAUCACGCGUGACUUUCGGGUGCUCGUGGGCUACGGGAUUUUCAUGCUGAUGGCCAUUCUCAUCAUGGUUUUCAGUGCAAUCGACUUCUCCAACGAGAAGACGGGCGCUAUCCUCGUGCUCGUGUGCUUCGGUUGUAUCGGGUUUGGCAACUCUUUGACUGAGGCAACCUACUACACGUUUGCGGCUCUGUUUCCGGUCCCCAAGUUCUCGCAAGCCGUCCAAAUCGGCAACGGCACGGCUGGCGCUAUCAACGUUUCGUUGCUUACUAUUCUGCGUCUUGCAGUAGGCGGAGUUCACCAGACGGGAGACUCUACCAAGCUCAGCUUCUACCUCUUCUUUGGUCUCCUCAUCGUCGUUCUGAUCGUGGCUCUCUUCGUGUACCGCCACCUCAACAACCUCCCGUGUGUCAAAUCCCUCGUACACGUAACGAAGAACAUGCAGUAA